CUCCGCAAUCGCCGCCGGACCUCGAGUCCGAGUUCGCGUCGCUGCUCACGGAUGGCACGCUGGCGAUCCCCGUCGCGGCGAUCCAGGUCCUGCUCGGCGUCAUCGAGCGGUCGAGCAGCGCGACGAUGCACGGCCUCGACGAGGAGCUGCGCCUCGCGCGGGACAAGCUCCUCGCCUUCUGCGAGACGCAGCCCGCGUGCCUGCGGGGCCGCACGGUCAUCUCCGUCUCCUCCGGCUCCGAGCUCUUCCUGCGCCACGUCACGCGGACGUUCCUCGAGUUCGAGGACUUCGACGAGUGCAAGCGCAUGCUCGGCGCGCGCGGCUCGUCGUUCGCGCGCCAGUCCGAGGCGAGCCGCGCGCGCAUCGCCGAGCUCGGCCACGCCUUCGUGCGCGACGGCGCCGCCGUCCUCGUCCACGGCCGGAGCCGCGUCGCGACCGCGCUUCUAGCGAAGGCCGCGGAGACGAAGCACUUCUCCGUCUUCGUCACCGAGGGCCGGCUCGACGGCGCGGGCGUCGACUACGCGAGCGACCUCGCGGCGCUGGGCGUGCCGACGACCAUGAUCCUCGACACGGCCGUCGCCUACUACAUGGAGAACGUCGACGUCGUCCUCGUCGGCGCCGAGGGCGUCAUGGAGAACGGCGGCGUCAUCAACAAGGUCGGCACGCUCACGGUCGCGACCUGCGCCAAGGCCAUGCGCAAGCCCGUCUACGUCGCCGCCGAGUCUUACAAGUUCGCGCGCCUCUACCCGCUGAACCAGCGCGACCUGCCCGAGUCGCACGCGCACACCGUCGCGCUGCCCCUCCCGGAGUCCGCGCACGCGGACGUCGUCGCCAAGUCGCCCGCGUGCGACUACACGCCGCCCCAGUUCAUCACCCUCCUCUUCACGGACCUCGGCAUCCUCACGCCCGCCGCCGUCUCCGACGAGCUCAUCCGGCUCUACCAAUGAGUAAGGGUCUA